AUCAUGGAAUCGUCGACUUUUUCGAUUUCAAUUAUUGACAUUCUUGACGGUUUCUAUAUUAUUGAUUUUUUAGUAGGUAAUUAUUUAAGGAUUAAUUUUAUUUUUAUUCAUUAUUAAAGGUACUUAAUAACAUAAGUUUGACUCUACCAAGAUUCUGUUAAAUGGGAUACAUACGCGCAUGACAAUCACAGAAAAAUUUAAUGCGCAUAGUCAAAACAUUGCGCAUUUCGUAGGCUAACCUCAUCGAGUCGAUAUAUCGCCGAGGGUUUGUGGCAACUGGCAAAGAAGAGAAAGCCUUUCACACCAGCGUUGUGCUAUAUUUUGGUGCUUAGUGUGUGCUAAGUGACAUCAAGAGGAUUUUCUCUAAAUAAACCGCCUACCACAAAAUUACAAGAUGCCGGCUGCAGUGCCACCAGCAGAGAAUGGCGCGCCGCGCAGCGAGCUGGAACAGCUCCAAUUACGUGCCGGGCAGGUGACCGAUGAUUCCUUGGAGUCGACGCGACGUAUGAUGCAACUAUGCGAGGAGAGCGAGGACGCCGGGGGGCAAGCGCUUCAUAUGUUGAGUCACCAGGGCGAACAAUUGGAUAGGAUCGAGGAAGGGAUGGACCAAAUUAACGCAGACAUGCGUGAAGCUGAAAAAAAUCUCUCGGGCAUGGAGAAAUGUUGCGGCAUCUGUGCACUACCGUGCAACAAGGGAGCGUCGUUCAAGGAAGAUGACGGGACAUGGAAGGGCAAUGACGACGGGAAGGUGGUGAACAACCAGCCCCAGCGGGUGAUGGACGAACGCAACGGCAUCGGCCCACAGGCCGGCUACAUUGGCAGGAUAACGAAUGACGCCCGCGAAGACGAGAUGGAGGAGAACAUGGGGCAAGUGAACACCAUGAUCGGCAACCUGCGCAACAUGGCCAUCGACAUGGGCUCCGAGCUCGAGAACCAGAACCGCCAGAUCGACCGCAUCAACCGCAAGGGUGAAAGCAACGAGACUCGCAUAGCGGUGGCGAACCAGCGAGCGGGCAAGCUGCUCAAAUCCUAAACGCCUCAUCGCUUCACCAGUGCAAGGGAUAUAACAGAACGAGAUUGACAAAAUGGGGUUGCCUUACUUUAAACUGUACCUUUACCUACCAUGAAUGUAUAAUACAUAUCUGGAUUGGUUACUAGUAAUGCCUAUUUGAAGCAAAACCUAUUUAUUUCUAUCCCGCUUCGUGUGCCGAGCGAGAGCGAGAGAUCACAUCCCACUGGGGUCCGAUGUCUCGCUCUGAUUUGUUGGUCAAAGUGAGAUAGCGAUAAGUAGCUUCAAGUAAGUAUUAGAAGUGAAUUCUCCAUUAAUUCUACAUUCACUUAUACCUAAUAAAUUAUGAUUUCAAAUAUUUUGAGUUAUCUACUGUAAAUGGUAUAGGUUUUUUAGUAAUUUAAUCUAAAAUUUAAUAAAAAGUUACUAGAAAUGCAAUUUCUACUUAAAAAAAAACUAUUUGUAACUAGCGUCAAAAACAAAUAGCCUAAUUUUAUUCACUACUCAUAGCAAUGGAACACAGACUAAAGGAAAAAGAUAGACAGAUUCGUUUUUUUUUUGACACAAAAGUAGCUCAUAAAGCUAAUAUGCUACUACUACUCUCAUAGCGGGAUGUAUUUCACUAUUUCGCGCGGAUGCAGAUACUACGACAAUAUUCCGCGUUUAUUGUCUAGCUUUUUCAAACUAGUCUUUGCCACAUAUAAGAAUUAUUAUUAUUAUUUGAUGACUAAAAGUGGGCAACACUGUUUUGUGUAUAAAAAUAUAUUAUUCUCGUGUCUAGGUAUAAAAGAAUUGAGUACGAUACUGUAUAGUCAGACAGGAAAUAAGUCAAACGCAAUAAUAGUCAUUUACUUCUUACAAGUACUUAAAUAUAUCAGAGAUUAUUUGUUAUGAUUUUAAUUUCAAGUAUUACUUGCCUAUAUUUCUCUUCGCUUUUAUUGGGCAUUAUUAAAUUUAGACCACAGCCACUUAUGUGCUAUUAAUUAGAAAAUAAUAUUCAAUAUUCGUUAGUUAAAUAACUUAUGAAAAUGCAAAAAGAAAAAUGUAUUAUAGGAGGGUUCCAGAUACAUACAUUUUAUUUAAUAUUAAGCUUUAAUAUCGUCUUAUUGAUUUAUUGAUAAAUUGGCUUUGGUCGUUAUUUAUUUAUGUAAUGUGCCAAAGUUCCUUUUUCUUUAAUAACAAAUUAAAAAAAAAAACGAUGUAAAAAGACAUAAAAUACCUUAUUUUCAUAGUUAAUGUAAGAGUUUAAGCUUAUGACAUAUUUUGCUCGGAACAAUAAUAAAAAGUACCAAUUUAGCUCAAUCAUAGAAUACACAUAUUUUCGAUAGACCAUAAUAAUAGACUACCUUCGGCAUACACAGAUAUUUCUCGAAACGCAUUUAAUAAAAAAAAUAUCUUAGAUUAUAGAAAUUUUUAAUAUCUAAAAUGAUAGUGAGAUUAAUUAUGUUACUAUAACACUGUUUAAAAUAUGCUAAACAUGUAUCAUUGGUAUUUAAAAUUUAAAUAUAGCAAAUUUGUAACUAUACCGAACGAGUUAUUUUCAGUCUAUAUCUAUAAUUGAUAUGGUGGCUGACUGAAAUCUAUAGAAAAGACUUUGACCUUAAAACAGUUAAAAAGAGACAUUUAUUUCGAUGACGUAGAUUUGUUCCGUUUUAAAUGAAACAUUAAGCAAAGUCGAAGUACGCUCUAUAGGUCUAAGCCGAAGAGCGCGUUGUCACUGUGUCGUGACGAUAAAUAAUCGUGCAGUUUACAACGUCGUAGCUUGUAUAUUUAAAUGGAGGUGUUCACAUAUAGGACGACACGACUAACUGUCGUCCACAACUCUUUUAAUUCAAAAUGACAACGAUUAAAUUACGUUGACGACAUUGUGGAAACGCACCGUAAGACUCAAAGCAUAUUGCGGCAGAGUCAAUCGAUGCGGUGUAUUUUUUUAAAUGCUAUAAAGUAUAUCAACUGUAUAUCACCACUGCGUAGGUUCUUUUCUACUCUUCAUUCCAUUUUACACAGUACAACGUUGUCGAGUAAGGUUCAGAAUACUUUGUGGUAUUUAAAAAAAUAAAAGACGCAUCUUUUGAACUCUAUGACAAUAUUAUGUUUUGUAGUGGCUACACAUACAAACAUAGUUUGGCCUUCAUUUGAAUAUGAACCAAUCAAUCUCAAUGAAAUGUUAUACGUUCUAUGAAAUAAUAUCUGUGUCUGUGGUUUCCCAGAUUCCCGUUAAAAUAUUUUAUUCUAAAGUGUAACUUAUAUGGACUCAAGGAUUUACAUACUAAUUUUUAAACCCGUGUUACUUUAAAACUAGACAUUUUUACGGAAAUUUAGCAAACCACAGACACGGAUAAUUGCUUCUUCAACGUGUCUACAAAAAAUUGUCUUUGGUUGCUUAUACUCGAAUGAGGAUACGACUACGUUUGAAUGUACCGAAUGACGGAGGGUCCUCUGUUAAUUUUAACAAGAACUGAAUUUUCCAAUAUUUAAUGAAACCUCAAUCACAAUUAUUAGACAUCAGUUGCAAUUAAUACGAAUAUUGUAAUGUGAUUAUAGGUAUAUUUAAUAGUUGAGCAUUUAAAUAUUUAUUACUUAAAGUAUAUUGUUGUAAGUGAAUUUGGGGGCUGUUCACACGAAUUUUCUCAAUCGCUGUGUUUCAGUCAAAGAGUGUCAGUGUCUUCCUGAAUUUAAAGUAAGAACACAACUAAUUUCAAUAUUCCUUCAUGUAGAAUCUAAAAGAAUUAUCAACUUUAAAGUUUGAAUUGAUUUUUCUAUGUAAUCGAUUUUUUGUAUGUAAUCGUUAGUUCAAGUGUCUCUUUUUUCAUCUUUUCUUAUCACUUAUGGUACAUGCUCUCAUAAAUGGCGUGUAGAUCAUUGAAGCAUAAAAACACUGCUUUGUUGUCAUAAACCAAUAGACGGCCACUACUGGAUAUGGAUCUUUUCACUCUUGUAUGGACGCCAUACGCCAUGGUCCGAAAAACACUACUUACCUCAAUGGCAUUCUUCACUAUGACCUGCCAGUAAAUAGGAAGCUAUCUAAUGAUGCCCACUCUAGCUUCAACCUGUGCCAGCCACUGGCUCUCAUGUACUAUAUCUACCAUGUUAUUAUUAUAUAUUAACCUUUAUAGUUAUUACACAUAAACGAUUUGACGUGAUUAGAUCUACCUUGUAAGCAGCUAAUUGAAUUCUCCAAACUAAACGUGUAUUUUCUAAACGCAGCGUUAAGUAAAUCCGUGUGAAUACGUCUUCGCAACGUUGUACCGGCCUUAGGAGUAAUGAAUAGGAAUGUUAAAGAUGAUGGCUUGACUAAUACACUCGAGUACAGAGGGCCGCUACUAAAUACGUCAAUAUUUCUCAAAUAAACUGAACUGUAAAAUUUUACAUUAAUAGAGAUGGCCGUUAGUAAGUUGGCCCUCUGUACAAGCGUUAGAUUUAAGAAUUUUCCAAAUUUCUCUAUGUCUUUCUCAGUCAUCUUAGUUUAAGUGUAGCAUGGGUCCUUUCAGACGGGCCACAUCCACACCACAGCGGCAAAAAAAAGUCGCUGUACAAAAAAAAUAUAUGUAAAUGCGUAGUUCCAUUCACAAGUACGACAAUUUUCAGUCGUAUUCAACGGCUGUUGCAACGUGUGAUCAUUAUUGAAACAUCGUUUCAAUUUCACUCAAAUGAUCGACUACGAUGUGGUUGUACAGUUCUCACAUUCUAACGGCUAAAAUUAAUAAUAAUAAUCUAUCCAUAAUUUGUCGAUAAGCUAUUUAGAAUCAUUGUUGUCAUAAAAGACUCAUACAAGUUUUCCUUCUUUUGAACUUAUAACAACAGUGCUAGGAAAGGUGUUUAUCGAGAGAUUACAGAUAGAAUUGACUAUGUGCAUUAAUUUUAGCCGUAAGUUAGUUGUCUGGGUCGAAAUUAGCAUCAAGUGAGUGCGAGGAUAUAGUGAACUUAUAAGAAAGAGAGAGAUAGAAUGAUAAAAAGCUUAUUUUCAAUCUGGCAAACUUAUAGUUUGAGAACUUUACCUACCAGCACUGUACCAUUCUUACUAAUUUGUAGCUGCAACAAUACAACAGAGAAACCAGUCACACACGACCACUGCGUGGCGUCAUUUUUGCCGCUGUGAUGUGACUGUAGUGUGGUCCGUCUGAAUAGACACCAGGUUUUUAUCUAAGUACAUGAUAUUCCAGUAACAAAUAUAUUUUAACCGUAUUUAUAACAUAUAGACCUGUGUUAUUAAAAUCAAUUUAAUCAAUAGAUGUCUAUACCGCCUGCGCAAAGUAAUAAUAUUCAUUUACAUUCAGCCUAAUAUUUGUCUAACUAAUUACAGUACAUAGAUAAAUGAUAAUAUCUAUUUUCUUUAAGAAUAGAAUAGUUAGUAUAAAAGUGUUAAUUUUUAAUUAAAUUAUUGAUUUGUUAAUAUUACCUAUA